AUGGCUUGUACAAGUGAAGCAGUUAAAAAAUGGGUAAAUAAAAUUAUAGAAGAAAACAUCAUUGCUGUAUUUGCAAAAACGGAAUGCCCAUAUUGUAUUAAGGCAAUCUCAAUUUUAAAGGGUUACAACCUUAACAGCAAUAUGCAUGUAGAAAACAUUGAGAAAAAUCCAGAUAUGGCUAAUAUUCAAGCAUACUUAAAAGAAUUAACAGGUAAAAGUAGUGUACCUAGAAUAUUCAUCAAUAAGGACGUUGUCGGUGGAUGUGAUGAUUUAGUUAAAGAAAAUGAUGAAGGAAAGUUAAAAGAAAGACUACAAAAAUUGGGAUUAGUCAAUUAA